AUGGCGGAAGCGGAAGGAGGAUCGGAGCAGGAUGAUGUUUCAUUCCUCCGGACGGAAGACAUGGUCUGUCUGUCCUGUACGGCAACCGGCGAACGUGUCUGCCUGGCGGCUGAGGGUUUCGGCAACCGGCACUGCUUCCUGGAGAACAUCGCCGACAAGAACAUCCCACCGGACCUGUCGCAAUGUGUGUUCGUGAUCGAACAGGCGCUCUCGGUUCGUGCUCUGCAGGAACUGGUCACGGCCGCCGGUUCCGAAACCGGAAAUGAUUCGGUAGGUAAAGGAACCGGUUCCGGGCAUCGAACUCUGCUGUACGGUAAUGCCAUCCUGCUGCGCCACAACAACAGCGAUAUGUACCUAGCUUGCCUAUCGACUUCGUCGUCCAACGACAAACUAUCGUUCGAUGUAGGUUUGCAGGAGCAUAGCCAGGGUGAGGCCUGCUGGUGGACUGUACACCCGGCCAGCAAACAACGUUCCGAGGGUGAGAAGGUUCGUGUCGGUGACGAUUUGAUCCUGGUGUCCGUUGCUACCGAGCGCUAUCUGCACACGACAAAGGAAAAUGACCAAUCGGUUGUGAACGCUAGCUUCCACGUAACUCACUGGAGUGUUCAGCCCUACGGUACCGGCAUCUCCCGCAUGAAGUAUGUCGGUUACGUCUUCGGUGGCGAUGUUCUUCGCUUCUUUCACGGCGGCGAUGAGUGUCUCACAAUACCUAGUACAUGGGGAGAGGAUCCUGGGCAGAACAUCGUCGUCUACGAGGGUGGUUCGGUGAUGUCCCAGGCAAGAUCACUUUGGCGACUGGAACUGGCACGGACGAAAUGGGCCGGCGGCUUCAUCAACUGGUCGCACCCGAUGAGAAUUCGACAUUUGACCACCGGCCGCUACCUGGGCGUCAACGAUAACAACGAGCUGAUUCUGACGCCUCGCGAUCAAGCUACAACCUCGCAGACUGCCUUCGUACUACGCUCGGAGAAAGACGACCAGAAGGUGGUUCUGGAGGACAAGGAUCUGGAGGUGAUCGGUGCUCCGAUUAUCAAAUAUGGCGAUUCAACGGUUAUUAUGCAACACUACGAGACUAGCUUGUGGGUCAGCUACAAGAGCUAUGAAACGAAAAAGAAAGGCGUUGGCAAAGUAGAGGAAAAACAAGCCAUCCUACACGAGGAGGGCAAAAUGGACGACGGAUUGGACUUCUCCCGCUCGCAGGAGGAAGAAUCCAGAACCGCUCGAGUGAUUCGCAAGUGUAGUCAUCUGUUCACUAAAUUUAUCAGUGGCCUUGAAACCCUGCAGGAGAACCGCCGUCACUCGAUCUUCCUGCAGACUGUCAACCUAGGCGAGAUGGUCAUGUGCCUGGAGGAUCUGAUCAACUACUUCGCUCAACCGGAAGACGACAUGGAGCAUGAGGAGCGCCAAAACCGGCUGCGAGCUCUGCGGAACCGACAGGAUCUGUUCCAGGAGGAAGGAGUGUUGAAUUUGAUUUUAGAAGCCAUUGAUAAAAUCAAUGUGAUUUCGUCGCAGGGAUUCCUGGCUUCAUUCCUAGCGAGCGACGAGUCUGGCCAGAGCUGGGAAAUGAUUUCCGGUUACCUGUAUCAACUGUUGGCGGCCAUUAUUAAGGGUAACCAUACCAAUUGCGCUCAGUUCGCCAACUCGAACCGGCUGAACUGGUUGUUUUCCCGACUCGGCUCGCAAGCUUCUAGCGAAGGCUCAGGCAUGUUGGAUGUAUUGCACUGUGUUCUCAUUGAUUCCCCGGAAGCAUUGAACAUGAUGAGAGACGAGCAUAUCAAGGUUAUUAUUUCGCUGCUGGAAAAGCACGGUCGUGACCCGAAAGUACUGGAUGUUCUGUGUUCCCUGUGCGUCGGUAAUGGAGUAGCCGUGCGUUCUUCGCAGAACAAUAUCUGCGACUUUUUACUACCAGGGAAGAACCUACUACUGCAGACCGGUUUAGUCGAUCAUGUAGCCAGUAUUCGCCCGAACAUCUUCGUCGGACGAGUUGAAGGCUCCGCUGUCUAUCAGAAGUGGUACUUUGAAGUUACGAUGGAUCAUAUCGAGCAAACGACGCACAUGACGCCGCACCUGAGAAUCGGGUGGGCUAACAUGACCGGUUACGUGCCGUACCCAGGAGGUGGCGAGAAGUGGGGUGGCAAUGGCGUCGGUGAUGAUCUGUUUUCCUAUGGAUUUGAUGGUGUCUAUUUUUGGUCGGCUGGACGUAAAACUCGUGUAGUGCCCGUGGAUAUUACGGAACCGUUCAUCAAAAAGGGAGACGUCAUCGGAUGUACUUUGGAUCUGAGCGUUCCGAUUAUCCGAUUCACGUUCAAUGGUGAACCAGUGCAUGGAUGCUUCACGGAGUUUAAUCUGAAUGGAAUGUUUUUCCCCGUAAUGAGCUGCUCGUCUAAGCUGAGUUGUCGGUUUCUGUUUGGUGGCGAUCACGGUCGCCUUAAAUUUGCUCCACCGAUCGGGUUUUCACCUCUAGUGCAGUGCCUUAUGCCCCACCAAAAUCUUAGCUUGGAUCCCUGUUUCUACUUUGGUAAUCUGAACAAAAAUGUACUGGCCGGACCCUGGAUGGUAGAAGAUGAUACGGCCUUUGUUCCAAAGCCUGUUGACACCACGACCGUAACCCUGCCGGCGUCCGUGGAAACCAUCAAGGAUAAACUGGCGGAGAACAUCCACGAAAUGUGGGCAUUGAAUAAGAUCGAAGCCGGUUGGACUUGGGGCGAGCGUCGCGAUGACCUUUAUCGAGUUCAUCCGUGUUUGACAUCUUUCGAGAAGCUGCCUGCCCCCGAAAAACGAUACGAUUGUCAGCUAGCCGUUCAGACGUUGAAAACAAUCCUUUCGCUGGGAUACUACAUCUCAAUGGACAAACCACCGGCAAGAAUUCGUCCAAUUCGUUUACCGAACGAUCCAUACAUGCAAGGCAACGGCUACAAACCGGCACCACUAGAUCUAAGUGCUGCCGUUCUGACUCCAAAGAUGGAGGAGCUAAUCGAUCUGCUCGCGGAAAAUACUCACAAUCUAUGGGCAAAAGAGCGUAUCCAGCAAGGCUGGACUUACGGUUUGAACGAGGACGGAGAAAACCGCCGAAGUCCUCAUUUGGUCCCUUAUGGUAAGGUUGAUGAAGCCAUCAAGAAGGCCAACCGGGACACAGCUUCCGAAACGGUUCGUACUCUUCUGAUCUAUGGGUACAACCUGGAUCCACCAACAGGAGAAGCCAACGAAGCAUUGGCUGCGGAAGCGCUUCGGCAGAAGUUUUCAGCUUUCAGAACCUACCGUGCAGAGAAGACCUACGCUGUUACAUCUGGCAAGUGGUAUUUUGAGUUUGAAGUUUUGACCGCCGGACCGAUGAGGGUGGGUUGGGCACGCGCUGAUUGCAAUCCUGGCACGAUGCUAGGUAGUGACGAAUCUUCCUGGGCGUUCGAUGGGUAUAAUGAAGAAAAAGUGUCUGGAGGUGCAACGGAAUCGUUCGGCAAACAGUGGGUACCUGGCGAUAUAGUUGGUGUAUUUCUUGACUUAGUGGAUCAUACGAUCAGUUUCUCAUUGAACGGCGAACUGCUGAUGGAUGCUCUUGGAGGUGAAACCACGUUUGCCGAUGUCAAUGCUCCGGAAGGAGUGGGAUUCGUCCCAGCUUGCACCAUUGGAAUCGGACAGAAAGCUCGGGUCGUCUACGGACAGGAUGUGGAUUCGCUGAAAUGGUUCACCACCUGCGGUCUCCAGGAAGGUUACGAACCAUUCUGUGUUAAUAUGAAACGCGCCGUCACGCACUGGUACACCAAGGAUCAACCGAUCUUCGAAAACACCGAGGACAUCCCCGAUUGCAAAAUCGACGUCACCCGUAUUCCGGGAGGUGCCGAUACGCCACCGUGCUUGAAGAUCUCGCACAACACCUUCGAAACGAUGGAGAAAGCCAACUGGGAAUUCUUGCGGCUGUCGCUUCCGGUUACCUGCGAAGCGACCUUUAUCAGUGAAACGGACAAAAUGCGCCGCUGGGAGGAAAUUCGCAUUCGUCAGCACCGUCUGCUGGCGGAAGCCGAACAUCAGCAGCCGGCCCACUUCGAUCACAUCAUGAAGAGUGGCUUCACCAUGAGCGACAUCAAAGGCCUGCAUCGUAACUACUCGGACGAUGCAGCCGAAGCGGACGAAGCGUUGCGCAAUGGACCCCAGCGUCCAUCGCGUGGCGCUAGGCGACCGGAUGGCCUUAGUCCGCCCGGCAUCGAAAUCAACGGUGAAAUGCACAUGUCUGAUGGAGAAAAUGCCUAUUCCGAUAACGAACUGGAGGGUGAUGACCGGAAGAAACGUGCACGCAGUCCGUUCCGAUUGUUUGGAAAGAAACGUGACCAGAGCAAAGACAAGCUCAAAGACCGUCGAACUCCAGAACCAGAGCCUCGUCGCGGAACAAUGCAGCAACGAACGGUGGCUCGCAGUCCAACUACGAGAGCCUCGAAUAUGGACGUUCGUGGCCAACCUCCAAUGAAUCCGGAACGAAGAUCGUUGGGCAGUCCACCGGUAGAAUCAUUCGGCAACGAAGUCUACGAUGCGGAUUGUCUCAAAUUGAUUAACGAAUAUUUCUACGGAGUGCGUAUCUUCCCCGGUCAAGAUCCUACUCACGUGUACGUCGGUUGGGUCACCACCCAAUACCACGUGCACAGUAAAGAUUUCAACCAGGACAAAGUACGCCACGCAGCCAUCUACGUUGAGGAUGAAAAUGAGAAAACCAUCGAAGUUGUCAACCGUCAAUCUUGUUACAUGGUCCGUGCUGACGAAUUAUUCAACGAAGUAACCCAGGAUGCCUCCGGAAAGGGUGCAUCGCAAGGAAUGUUCGUCGGUUGCUUUGUAGAUACGGCCACCGGAACCAUCCGCUUCACUUGUGAGGGAAAAGAAACAUCUCACGUGUUCCUGAUGGAGCCGGAGACCAAGCUGUUCCCGGCCAUCUUCGUCGAAGCAACGAGCAAGGAAAUUCUGCAAAUAGAGCUCGGUCGUACGCCGACAACAUUGCCUCUAUCGGCGGCAGUUCUUCCAACCGGCGACAAACAUAUCAACCCACAAUUCCCACCUAGGUUGAAGAUCCAAUGUCUGAAACCUCACCAAUGGGCUCGUGUCCCGAAUACUGCCUUGCAGGUACACGCCCUGAAACUGUCCGACAUUCGCGGUUGGUCAAUGCUUUGCGAAGAUCCAGUAUCCAUGCUGGCAUUACAUAUUCCGGAAGAGGAUCGAUGCAUGGACGUACUCGAGCUCAUUGAAAUGGAUAGGCUUCUAUCCUUCCACGCACACACGCUCACCCUCUAUUCGGCGCUUUGCUAUCAGUCCAACUACCGAGCAGCGCAUGCCCUCUGUUCCCACGUUGAUCAGAAGCAAUUGCUGUACGCUAUCCAGUCCGAGUACAUGAGUGGACCGCUCCGCUUAGGAUUCUACGAUUUAUUGAUUGCCUUGCAUCUUGAGUCUCACGCUACCACGAUGGAGGUGUGCAAAAAUGAAUACAUUAUCCCAUUGGGUUCAGAUCUUAAGGAUCUCUACUCGGAUGCAGAAAUGUGUCACUCGCUUAGGUCCCUGCAAACCCUCUCCGUAAGACCGGAGAUGAACAUGACGGAAAUUGCAUCAUCCACACCCCCACAAUCAAAUACGCAGGCAAUAGUAGCACCAGAUUCUUCCAGUGAACCAAUACCGGCAAUUGAUACGCUUUACUCGCCAAGAUUCCCACUUGAAGUGGUGCGACAGUUUGUAAUGGCAGCCCUGCAAGAGGCAGUCGAAAUCAACCAAGUUCACAAUCGCGAUCCGAUCGGUGGAUCUAACGAGAAUCUGUUUCUGCCAUUGAUCAAGUUGAUCGACAGACUGCUGCUGGUUGGUGUAAUAACCAAUGCAGACGUUGGCAAGCUGUUGAUUAUGAUUGAUCCGGAAACCUGGGAUCCCGCAUUCGAGAAGGAAGGUAAGGAUGAACACCGUAAGGGUUUGUUGACCAUGAAGAUGGCAGAAGGAGCGAAGCUGCAGAUGUGCUAUCUGCUGCAUCAUCUGUACGAUGUUCAACUGAGACACAGGGUGGAGAGUAUCAUAGCUUUUGCCCAUGACUACGUUUGCGAUCUUCAGCAGGAUCAACUGAGAAGAUACAUCGAGAUCAAGCAAUCGGAUCUACCGAGCGCGGUAGCUGCUAAGAAGACUCGUGAGUUCCGCUGUCCACCACGUGAGCAGAUGAACGCAAUUCUGUGCUUCAAGAAUCUGGAAGGCGAAGAUCUGGAAAAUUGCUCCUGUGGACCCGAUCUUCGGGAUCGGUUGUCUGAAUUUCACGACAGUUUGAUGUGUAAGGUUUCUUUGAAUGCCCUCCAAGAACCGGAGGAAGAAACGACUGAUGCAAUCGAAAAUGUAAAACCGGGCGUCCUCAAGAAGAUGUCUAAUUUCUUCAAUGCAGUCAAAGAGUUGGAGAUGGAUCCGAAGGAACCGGAGGAAGUUGAGAAGAAAACGCCCGAGGAGGUGUUCCGAAAGGUGCUAAUUAAGCAGAUCGUUUCCUGGUCGGAAGAAUCGCAGAUUGAAAAUCCCAAACUCGUUCGUGAAAUGUUUGGUUUGUUGGUUAGACAGUACGACACGAUCGGUGAACUGAUCAAGGCACUGAACAAAACCUAUGUUAUCAAUUCAAAAACGACACAAGAUGUAGCGAACAUGUGGAUUGGAUUGAGUCAGAUUCGUGCCCUGCUGCCGGUACAGAUGAGUCAGGAAGAGGAGGAACUGAUGCGAAAGCGUCUGUGGAAGUUGGUCAACAACCAUACCUUCUUCCAGCAUCCGGAUUUGAUUCGAAUCCUUCGCGUGCACGAAAAUGUUAUGGCCGUCAUGAUGAACACACUCGGUCGACGUGCACAGGCACAAAGCGAUGCCCCGAUGCAGACUGCCGAGGGUGAAGAGGCCGCUCCGAAAGAGAAAGAUACUUCCCAUCAAAUGGUGGUUGCGUGUUGUCGGUUUCUUUGCUACUUCUGCCGAACGGGCCGUCAAAAUCAACGUGCUAUGUUUGAUCAUUUCGAUUUCCUGUUGGAGAACUCCAACAUUCUGCUGUCCCGUCCAAGUCUUCGGGGUUCCACCCCGCUCGAUGUUGCCUAUUCCAGUUUGAUGGAGAACACUGAACUGGCACUGGCCCUUCGUGAACACUACUUGGAGAAGAUCGCCGUUUAUUUGUCCCGUUGCGGUCUGCAAAGCAAUUCGGAGUUGAUCGAGCGUGGAUAUCCGGAUUUGGGCUGGGAUCCAGUGGAAGGUGAACGCUAUUUGGAUUUCCUACGGUUCUGUGUGUGGGUAAAUGGUGAAAGUGUAGAGGAAAAUGCCAAUUUGGUUAUCCGGCUGCUUAUCCGUCGACCGGAGUGUUUGGGUCCUGCUCUUCGCGGAGAAGGUGAAGGUCUGCUGAAAGCCAUCAUCGAUGCCAACAAAAUGUCCGAAAGAAUCGCCGAGCGUGGAAAGCUGGGAGAAGAUGCCGAGGGUAUUAUCAGUGGGUUAAACUUUUCGCACCCUCUUCCCGAAGGGGAUGACGAUGAGGAUUACAUAGAUACUGGAGCAGCUAUUCUGAGUUUCUAUUGUACUUUGGUGGAUUUGCUAGGUCGUUGUGCCCCGGAUGCUGCCGUCAUUGAGCAGGGUAAAAAUGAAUCGCUCCGAGCUCGAGCUAUUCUACGAUCGUUGGUACCACUGGAAGAUCUGCAGGGUGUUUUGAGUCUUAAGUUUACUCUCACUAAUCCAGCUGCUGGUGAAGAGCGUCCAAAAUCGGACAUGCCUUCCGGUUUAGUUCCCGGCCACAAGCAGAGCGUCGUCCUGUUUCUGGAACGAGUCUACGGAAUUGAAACUCAGGAACUAUUCUUCCGUCUGCUGGAGGAUUCUUUCCUACCGGACUUGCGAGCGGCAACCAUGUUGGAUCGUAGCGAUGGAUCUGAAAGUGAUAUGGCUCUUUCGAUGAAUCGCUAUAUCGGCAAUUCUAUUCUGCCUUUGCUGAUCAAGCACUCUAAGUUCUACAAUGAAGCUGAAAACUACGCGAGCUUGCUGGAUGCGACCCUGCAUACUGUCUAUCGAAUGUCGAAAAAUCGCAUGCUUACAAAGGGUCAACGUGAGGCGGUUUCUGACUUUCUGGUAGCAUUGACCUCUGCUAUGCAUCCCGCUAUGUUGUUAAAACUAUUGAGAAAGCUUACUGUGGACGUUUCAAAACUAUCCGAGUACACUACAGUAGCCUUGCGACUCCUAACCUUGCACUACGACCGUUGCGCCAAGUAUUACGGAACGACUGGAAGUGGACAGGCUUCACAAUUUGGUGCUUCCUCGGACGAGGAGAAACGCCUUACGAUGUUACUGUUCUCCAACAUCUUCGAUUCCCUCAGCAAUAUGGACUAUGAUCCGGAGCUUUUCGGAAAGGCACUUCCUUGCCUGAUCGCCAUCGGAUGCGCCCUACCGCCGGACUACAGCUUGUCGAAGAAUUCUGACGACGACCUCUACGGUAAACCGACGAGCAGUCCCGAUCAACCGCACUACAAUCCUCAACCGAUUGACACCAAUAUGGUACAGCUAACGAACGACCUGAACCAAAUCAUUCAGAAGUUCAGCGAACACUAUCACGACGCUUGGGCCAGCAAGAAGCUCGAGAACGGUUGGACCUAUGGUGAUCAGUGGUCCGAUACCAACAAAACUCACCCCAGGCUGAAGCCUUAUAAUACUCUCUCGGAAUACGAGAAAGAACGUUAUAAGGAUCCGGUUCGGGAAAGUUUGAAGGCUCUGAUUGCUCUCAACUGGCGCAUAGAGCAUUCGGAAGGUGACGUUCCGCUGUCGAACCGAGGUUCCAUGCGUAGACAGUCCAAACCAAAUCUUGAAUUGCAGGCCGAUUCAGGUUCGCCGUUCAAUUACAACCCGCAUCCGGUUGAUAUGACCAACCUAACGUUGAGCAGAGAGAUGCAGAAUAUGGCCGAACGGCUGGCGGAGAACUCCCACGAUAUUUGGGCGAAAAAGAAGUUCGAAGAACUACAUCAAUGCGGUGGUGGCGUACACUCACAGCUGGUACCGUACGAUUUGCUCACCGACAAGGAGAAACGUAAGGAUCGUGAGCGAUCGCAGGAAUUCCUGAAGUACCUCCAAUAUCAGGGACUGAAACUACACAAACCGUCCAGAGGACAACCCGAUGAACCUGGAAUUACAGCUGCCGCCAUCGAAGCUCGCUUUGCCUACUCCCUGUUGGAAAAAUUAAUUUCCUACAUUGAUCGUGCCACCAUUAACAUGAAACUGCUGAAGCCUUCAACCACCUUCAGCCGUCGAUCGUCGUUCAAGACCUGUUCACGGGACAUUAAGUUCUUCUCCAAAGUGGUGCUACCGCUGAUCGAGAAGUACUACUCUACGAAUCGCAACUACUUCAUUGCGAUCGCAACCGCCACCAACAACAUAGGAGCUGCGUCACUCAAAGAGAAGGAGAUGGUAGCCGCCUUGUUCUGCAAACUGGCCAGCCUGUUGCGUUACCGAAUGGCAGCGUUCGGUGCAGACGUUAGAAUUACCGUGCGCUGUCUACAGGUGCUAGUGAAAAGCAUUGACGCUAAAUCACUGGUCAGGACGUGCCCGGAAUUCAUCCGCACGUCUAUGCUGACGUUCUUCAACAACACGAGCGAUGAUUUGGCUCAAACCAUCAUCAACCUGCAGGAAGGAAAGUACGACAGACUACGUGGUACCCAUCUGAAAACGUCCACUUCCUUAGCUUACGUCAACCAAGUCAUUCUACCGGUGCUGACCUCGCUGUUCGACCAUUUGGCAGCCUGUGACUACGGAAGUGAUCUUUUGCUUGAUGAAAUCCAAGUCGCAUCCUACAAGAUCCUCUCAUCGUUGUACACCCUCGGCAUCGACGCUACCCUGACACGGGACCGAAAGUAUCUGAAAACCGAAAUCGAACGCCACAAACCGGCACUCGGUUCAUGCCUGGGAGCAUUCAGCUCCUGCUUCCCAGUAGCCUUCCUCGAACCGUACGCCAACAAGCACAACCAGUACUCGUUGCUAAAUCGCAUAGCGGACACUUCGCUGGAAGCGCAAGAUAUCAUGACCAAAAUGGAAAGCUCAAUGCCAACGCUGGAAACGAUCCUCGCCGAGGUCGAUCACUUUGUAGAGUCGGAGAAAACCUACCAGGAAGCGCAACACAUAAUCGAUGUCAUCCUUCCGCUACUCUGUUCCUAUCUACCCUUCUGGUGGAAUCAGGGUCCGGACAAUGUAAGUCCACAAUCGGGUAAUCACGUAACCAUGGUCACUGCCGAUCACAUGAACCUUCUGCUGAAAAACGUUCUAAAGAUGAUCAGGAAGAACAUCGCCAACGAAAACGCUCCGUGGAUGACCCGAAUCGCAAGCUACACCCAACAGAUCAUUAUCAACAGCUCGGAAGAGCUGUUGAAGGAAGUAUUCUUACCGCUAACGGAACGAGCCAAGAAACGCGUGGACAGCAUGUUCCACAAGGAGGAGAGCUUGCGAGGUUUCCUGAAGUCAUCCACCGAUGACACCUCCCAGAUUGAGGCCCAAAUCCAAGAGGAUUGGCAACUGCUUGUCCGUGACAUUUACUCGUUCUACCCGUUGCUGAUCAAGUACGUCGAUCUGCAGAGAAACCACUGGUUGAAGGACAACAUCGCCGAAGCGGAAGAACUCUACAACUACGUUGCGGAGAUUUUCAACGUGUGGUCCAAGAGCCAGUACUUCCUGAAGGAAGAACAAAACUUCAUCUCGGCUAACGAAAUCGAUAACAUGACACUGAUCAUGCCCACUACAACCCGCCGAACGGCUGCCGUUUCAGGAGAAAUGCCAGCUGCCGGUGGUAAAGUGAAGAAGAAGAAGCGAUCUCGAGACAAGAAACGCGACAAGGACAAGGAAAUCCAGUCCAGUUUAAUGGUUGCAUGUUUGAAGCGUCUACUCCCGGUUGGUUUGAAUCUGUUCGCCGGUAAGGAGCAGGAGUUGGUUCAACACUGCAAAGAUCGUUAUCUUAAGAAAAUGCCCGAAUACGAAGUCGUCGAGUUUGCCCGCACCCAGCUGACGCUUCCGGACAAACUGGAUCCGGCCGAUGAAAUGUCAUGGCAGCACUACCUGUAUUCGAAGCUGGGCAAAAAGGAAGACGUCGUCGUGCAGGACACGCUGGAGAAGCCGUCGGCCGACAAGAAACCCGGAAAUAAGAUCGAAGAUACCGUCGAACGCAUCGUGGCGAUGGCUAAAGUUCUGUACGGAUUACACAUGAUUGACCACCCACAACAACAAAGUAAAAAUGUUUAUAGAAGUUGUGUCUCGAUACAGAGAAAACGAGCGGUUAUUGCUUGUUUCAGACAAGUCUCCUUACAUUCACUGCCAAGACAUCGGGCCUGUAACAUUUUCGGCAGAACCUAUUCGGAGCUUUGGCUCGAGGAUGAGAACGUCGGCCAGGAAGUUAUGAUUGAGGAUCUCACGCAAACAUUCGAAGAUGCGGAGAAGAAAAAGGAGGAAGAAGAAGAGGAAGGCAAGCCCGAUCCUUUGACUCAACUGGUGACCACUUUCUGUCGAGGUGCGAUGACUGAGCGAAGUGGCGCCCUUCAGGAGGAUGCUUUGUACAUGUCCUAUGCGAGCAUCAUAGCUCGUUCCUGCGGUGAAGAAGAGGAAGAAGGAGGUGACGAAGAGGAAGGUGGUGGCGGAGGUGAAGAUGAAGGUGGUGCUAGCAUCCACGAACAAGAAAUGGAAAAGCAGAAACUACUAUUCCACCAGGCCCGUCUGGCAAACCGUGGCGUUGCGGAGAUGGUCCUGCUGCACAUAUCGGCUUCCAAAGGAAUUCCAUCGGAUAUGGUUAUGGGAACACUGCAGCUGGGUAUUGCUAUUCUACGUGGCGGUAACAUCGACAUCCAGAUGGGCAUGUUGAACCAUCUAAAGGAAAAGAAGGACGUUGGAUUCUUCACCUCGAUUGCCGGUCUGAUGAACUCCUGCAGUGUGCUCGAUUUGGACGCGUUUGAGCGUAACACCAAAGCUGAAGGCCUGGGAGUCGGUGCCGAAGGAGCUGCCGGCGAGAAGAAUAUGCAUGACGCGGAAUUCACCUGUGCACUGUUCCGGUUCAUUCAACUGACCUGCGAGGGUCACAAUCUGGACUGGCAAAACUACUUGAGGACCCAAGCCGGUAACACUACCACAGUAAACGUGGUCAUCUGUACGGUCGAUUACCUACUGCGGCUGCAGGAGUCCAUCAUGGACUUUUAUUGGCACUAUUCUAGCAAGGAACUUAUCGAUCCAGCUGGAAAGGCAAACUUCUUCAAGGCCAUCGGAGUUGCCAGUCAGGUAUUCAACACCCUCACUGAAGUCAUUCAGGGUCCGUGUACUCAAAAUCAACAAGCACUGGCUCACUCGCGUCUGUGGGAUGCCGUUGGAGGUUUUCUGUUCCUGUUCUCUCACAUGCAGGACAAGCUGUCCAAGCACUCCAGUCAAGUCGAUCUGCUGAAAGAACUUCUAAAUCUACAGAAAGACAUGAUCACCAUGAUGCUCUCCAUGCUUGAAGGAAACGUUGUCAAUGGAACCAUCGGUAAGCAGAUGGUGGACACUCUGGUCGAGUCCGCCUCGAAUGUAGAGCUCAUUCUGAAGUACUUCGACAUGUUCUUGAAACUGAAAGAUCUGACUUCGGCUGCUAGCUUUAUGGAGAUAGACAGCAACGGUGAUGGAUGGAUUCUACCGAAAGACUUCCGCGAAAAGAUGGAACAACAAAAGAGCUACACACCAGAGGAGAUCGACUUCCUCCUGGCCUGCUGCGAAACGAAUCACGACGGAAAGAUCGACUACAUUGGCUUCGUUGAUCGUUUCCAUGAACCGGCGAAAGAAAUUGGCUUCAAUCUGGCGGUACUGCUGACCAACCUUUCCGAGCAUAUGCCCAAUGAACCGCGUUUAGCACGUUUCCUGGAAACCGCCGGAUCUGUUCUAAACUACUUCGAAUCCUUCUUGGGUCGCAUCGAAAUUAUGGGCUCCUCCAAGCGAAUCGAACGAGUGUACUUCGAAAUUAAGGAAGCCAACAUCGAGCAGUGGGAGAAGCCACAGAUCAAGGAAUCCAAGCGUGCCUUCUUCUAUUCAAUCGUUACCGAGGGUGGUGACAAGGAAAAGCUGGAAGCUUUCGUGAACUUCUGCGAGGAUGCAAUCUUUGAAAUGACGCACGCGUCCGGAUUGAUGGCCAGUGAUGACGAUGGAGGAAACGUACGACGUGAAGCCGCAUUUACGUACAUCAGUGAAGAGGAAGAGGAACGUGCGGCGCGGGAUCCCAUCAAGCGUACCAUUCAAGCCGUCAAGGAUGGCCUAUCCUAUUCGGUGUACAUGAUCUCCCCUUCGAAUCUCAAGCACCAAAUUGCCGUUCUGCAGUCGAAAUCAUUCCCGGAAAUCAUCAUCGGCUUUUUCAAGAUGAUUUUCUACGCAUUCUACUAUUCGGGUUACGGAGUGUCGAUUAUCAUCAAGUAUUUGGUUAACAUUCUCAUGUCGCUUAUGCGAGGAUCAGCGCAAGAGGAGGAAGAAGUGAUCCAAGAAGUGGAACCGACAUUAGCAGCGUUACCGCCAUUACCGACGGAAGAGCCACCGGGAACCGUGCAGGCAUUUGGACUGGAUAUUAGUAAAGAGGAAAACGGACAGUACCGCGUACAGCCACAUGAAUCUCCUGCAAUCAGUCCAUCUUCGUCUGUAGAGGAAACCGGGGAAAGCAGCCCGGAAGAUGGUGGUGGUGAGCCGUCGGCUGAAGCAGCCAGUACCGAAGCACCUAUGACUCUGGUCGAUCUCCUGGGAGGCGAAGCAGCUAAACGUGCAGCACAGGAAAGAUCGGAAGCACAGAAAGCACAGGAAGCUACUCUGGCAAGCAUAGAAGCAGAAUCGAAGAAAGCUUCGGCGGAGACGAAGGAACCAGCUGCAGUGAAUCAGAUUGACUUCUCCAAGUACACGAAGAAAGCCGUCAGUUAUUUGGCUAGAAACUUCUACAAUUUGAAAUAUGUUGCUUUGGUUUUGGCCUUCUGUAUCAAUUUUAUGCUCCUGUUCUACAAGGUAACAACGUUUGGUGAUGAUGAGCCCUCGGAAGCAUCUGGCGAUGAUUUGAUGAGUUUGGCUUCGGGAUUGGGCUCCGGAUUGGUUGACGCAGCUGUUGAAGCAGGAAGUGGCGAAGGUGGUAGUGGAGAAGGAGGAGAAGGCGAAGAUCCACUGGAAAAGGUUGAAGUAGACGAAGAUUUCUUCUACAUGGAACACGUGAUGCGAGUCGCCGCUUUAUUACACAGCUUGGUCUCACUCGCUAUGUUGAUCGCGUAUUACCAUCUCAAGGUCCCGCUGGCCAUUUUCAAACGUGAAAAGGAAAUUGCUCGUCGACUGGAAUUCGAUGGUUUGUUCAUUGCGGAACAACCGGAGGAUGAUGACUUUAAAUCGCACUGGGAUAAGCUCGUUAUUUCCGCUAAGACUUUCCCUGUCAAUUACUGGGAUAAAUUUGUAAAGAAGAAGGUCCGUCAGAAGUACAGCGAAACCUACGAUUUCGAUUCGAUUUCAAACUUACUGGGAAUGGAAAAGAACGCAUUUGCUGCCCAAGAAGACCAAGGAGGUGGUGGUUUCUUCCACUUUGUUGCCAACAUCGAUUGGAGAUACCAGAUUUGGAAAGCGGGCGUCACAUUUACCGACAAUGCUUUCCUUUAUUCUUUGUGGUACUUCUCGUUUUCGGUUAUGGGUAACUUCAACAACUUUUUCUUCGCAGCUCACUUGCUCGAUGUUGCCGUCGGUUUCAAGACGCUGCGUACGAUCUUGCAAUCCGUAACUCAUAACGGCAAACAGCUUGUUUUAACGGUGAUGCUACUUACGAUUAUCGUCUAUAUCUACACAGUUAUCGCAUUCAACUUCUUCCGCAAGUUCUACAUUCAAGAAGAUGACGACGGUGAAGAAGGCGAUCGCAAAUGCCAUGACAUGGGAACAUGCUUCGUCUUCCAUCUGUACAAAGGUGUCCGAGCUGGCGGCGGUAUUGGUGAUGAAAUCGGUGACCCAGACGGCGACGAAUACGAAGUGUACCGAAUCCUGUUCGACAUUUCGUUCUUCUUCUUCGUCAUUGUUAUCCUGCUUGCCAUCAUUCAAGGUUUGAUCAUUGACGCUUUCGGUGAGCUUCGUGAUCAGCUGGAAUCGGUCAAGGAGGACAUGGAGUCCAACUGCUUCAUCUGUGGUAUAGGCAAGGACUACUUCGACAAGGUACCGCACGGGUUCGAUACGCACGUUGCUCAAGAGCAUAAUCUAGCGAACUAUAUGUUCUUCCUUAUGCAUUUAAUCAAUAAACCGGACACCGAGUACACUGGUCAAGAAACGUACGUGUGGAAUAUGUACCAACAGAGGUGCUGGGACUUCUUCCCCGUCGGUGACUGUUUCAGGAAGCAGUAUGAGGACGAACUGAGUGGAGGCGGAGGCUAAUUUCCCCGCAUGCAGCAAUCAACAAACGAACACAACAAAAACAAACUAACCUAACAAUCAGAAAGUGUGAGAGCCGGUUUUUAAAGACAUUUUUUAAAAUCGUUUAAAUCAAGAGAUAUUCCAAGUAACCUUACAAUUCAGACAAAAAAUUAACUUUUCACAUUACAAACAAAAUUUUGGAAGAGAAUAGCUUUGUAACAAAAAAACAAUCGACCUAAUUAGGGAAAAUUUAAUUAUUUUUAUCAACAUCCAAGCUCAUGAUCAAUUAAUUCACUCUAACCCGAAGCGGUUAUCGAAAGUCUUGUGAAUUGUUCCAUAAAAAAUAAAAACGACUAACUGACUGCACGCUACCCGAGACGAUGCGCCAACGUGUCGAGCGAAACGACCAACUUAAAAUGCUAGCCACGCACAUGUACAGAAGAUGUUUUACGAACGAAGACUUUCUUUUUUUUAUUUUUGGUGCAAUGGCAUACGGUAAUUUAUUUACGUCUACAUUUGGAAAAGCUAAGAUGUUCUUUUUUCUCUUCGUU